GGUAUCCUUACCAAAAAAAUAACACAUUUCGAUAUUAUUCUAAAAGUGAAGAAUAUUAAAAUAUUGCAAUUGAAAUCGAUUUGAAUUCGUUGGAAUAAUUAACAAAAUAUUAUUAUUGUUGUUAUUUUUGUAGAUCACCGCUUUAAUUCUAGUUUGAAAUUGCUCUGUCAUAGUUGUUGUAUUGCGUGAGUGCGUGUCCUUUUGUUCUUCGGUUGUGAUAACUAAACUUGGAAUAAAACAAAUCAAGAUGAAGUACUUCAUUGCCAUCGCCUUACUGGUCGCUGCCGCUCAAGCCAUCCCCAUUGAAUUGGGACACUAUGGUCAUGGACCACUGCUACAUGCUGCUCCAGUCAUUGCUCAUGCUCCAAUUGCUGUACAUGCACCCGAACCAGUGGCCUAUCCCAAAUAUUCCUUCAACUAUGGCAUCAAAGACCCCCACACCGGUGAUAUUAAAUCCCAGACAGAAGAACGUGAUGGCGAUGCUGUCAAGGGUCAAUACUCCUUGGUGGAACCUGAUGGUUCUGUGCGUACCGUAGACUAUACCGCCGAUGAUCACAAUGGUUUUAAUGCUGUUGUUCACAAGACCGCACCCAAGGUUAUUGCUGCACCAGUUCAUGCCAUCCACGCCGCUCCCGUAUAUGCCCAUGCUCCAGCACCAUUGUUGCAUCAUUAUUAAAAAACAAACAACACGAAACCACAAAAACGUCCGAAGUGAAAAGAAGAAAAGACGAACUAUGCUGUCAGGGAUGAAGGGGGGUUUUCGAGGGUCAAUGCUUCUUUGAUAGAAACAUUGACAAGGGAAUGUCUUUUUUUGUUAGGGGAAUCGGUGGGCAAUGGAAUUGAUUUUGAGCUGGAUUACGGUAUGGCCUAGAAUUUUGUAAAACAUAAUUCUAUUCUUUUUAAUGAUUUCUAUAUAUAUCACAGACAGAAAAAAAUACGUAUUUAAGUUUUAGACAUAAAUGACCGAGAACAUCAAGGCGAGAGAAGCGUCAUUGUAUUUAAAUAUUUGUUUAAUUUUUAAAACGGAAACGAGAGAAUGAAACAAACACAUUACUUUUUUGCAUGAAGAAAGAAGAUAUUACCAGUAAUUAAAGUAUUUUAGAUUUUUUUUUUCAUAUUUUUCAUACAUAUUUUCGAAGAAACGGUUGUCCGGAAAUGAAAACAAAAACUGGGAGAUUUAUAGCAAAAAUCUUGUUGACAUUUUAUUGGAAAGCCCGCUAACAAAGAAAACCACCGUCUUUAUUUUUAUUAACUCUCAAUACUCAUAGUCUAUUUCUAACUUUAAUUGUAUUUCACUUUUGUAAAUAAUUUAUUUAUUAUCUCAUGCUGUCUAGUGAGCUUUGUUAGCUGGGUGAACAAUAAAAGUUCUGCAGGAUUUUACGAAAACGUCUUGGACAUUUGUUUAUUGUUUCGAGAAUGUAAUUGAAUUGUCUAUUCGUUUUGAGUGCCGCAUAAUAUUUGUGCCUUGCCUGAACUCACUCUCGAAGUGCCACUGAGACAAUAAACCAGUAAAUCUCCUCAAUACAACCGUUUACAAAUUUCCUUGGCAUAUCUCUUUCUUGCGUCUCCUUGGACCAGUCUCAUGUGCAUUUAUUCAACCAAGUCUAGAAAUUCUCAAAUCUCAUAAUAAUUUUAGCUUUUACUUCAUAAACAAGAACUCAGUCGUACAUUCACUCCCCAUUUCUCUUUCUUCAGUUUCUUUUUCCCAUUUCUCCAAGCUCUCAAUGCUUUUCUUCUCUACAUAGAAUCAUUACUCGCUAUUUCUCUUAUCCUCUCAAAAACUCAAUCAAUCAAUCACUCACUCAUCUAAUGUAUGUAAUAUUCUUAUUUUUUAUGUUUUGUAUAAUUAAAUUUCACAAAUCACGUUUGCAACAAAACAAAAUGUUAAUGUAAAUAUAUAUUGAAAGAAAGAAAUAAAAAAAACGAAAAAAAGAUUAAAAUAAAAAUAAA